AUGACCCGCAAAACAGGAAAAUACGUGGGCCGCUUAGGCGACAAAAUCGUGCUCAUCGUGGGAGGAACUUCAGGGAUUGGAUAUGCUAUCGCAGAGGCCGCACUCGAACACAACGCAAUAGUGAUUGUGGCUGGAUCCAACUCAGUCAAAAUGGAGGAGGCUGUCGCCAGACUCAGAUGCUCAUAUCCAUCACAAUGUUCCAAAACGCGACUGAGAGGGAUUACCAUUGAUCUCGCCGACGGCGAGAACCUGGAGGCCAAUGUUCAAUCCGUUCUGCGAUUUGCCGCCAACGGGGCGAAAAUAAACCAUGUCAUUAUCACCGCCGCAGAUAUGAUGCCUCCGCCGCCGCCGCUGGCUGGGAUCACUGUCCAGAGUCUUGAGCGAUCGGGCCGCAUUCGCUAUACGGCGCCACUAAUAUUCGCCAAAUAUCUACCCCAGUUCAUGGACCGAGUUUCUGAAAAUUCCAUCACUCUGACGAGCGGUGCCCAUGGCCAUAAGCCUGAUCCGGGCUGGUCCGCCAUUACUGGCUACAUAGGAGCAGUUGAAACGAUGAUGAAGGGUUUGGCCGUCGAUCUGAAGCCUCUCCGCGUGAAUGUGGUCUCUCCAGGAGCCAUUAUGACCGAGGUCGUGCGGCAAAUGCUAGGCCCGCACUACGACAUGGCGAUUCAAAUGGCAAAAGAAAAGUCCUUGGUGGGUAGUGCUGGAACUCCAGAGAGCGUAGCUCAGGCAUAUCUGUAUCUUAUGAAGGACCCAUUUGUCACCGGAACUGUGUUGGAGAGCAACGGGGGCUUGUUGUUGGCUUGA